GUUGGAUCGGACGGUACAGAGGGAGCGCUCUUUUUCUUUCUUAAGGCGACUCUGAUGGCCUCCUCCUCCUGCUUCCUUCCUCUAGAAGUACAUUUUCGUUUUUGGAGUCUGACCAUUUCGUCUCAUCUCGUUCGAUUUGCUUACUGUCCCGAGGGAUUUGUCAAAGCACAAUGUCUCAAGCAAAACCUGGAAUGAGGAAACCUGUUUUCACUAAGGUUGAUCAGCUCAGGCCUGGGACUGGCGGCCAUACGCUGACAGUGAAGGUCGUGAGCUCCAACAUGGUAUUACAGAAAGGUCGUCCUGAUAGACCACUUGUUCGCCAGAUGCGUAUUGCUGAAUGCUUGGUUGGAGAUGAGACUGGAAGUAUUGUCUUCACUGCCAGGAAUGAGCAAGUGGAUCUGAUGAAACCUGAUGCAACUGUAAUACUGAGGAAUGCAAAAAUCGACAUGUUCAAAGGGUCAAUGAGGCUGGCCGUUGAUAAAUGGGGCCGUGUGGAGGUCACUGAUCCUGCUGAAUUCAUAGUUAAAGAAGAUAACAAUCUUUCCCUAGUUGAGUAUGAACUUGUGAAUGUGGUUGAAGAAUAAACGACUCUCUGCUGGCCGCUGUUAGUUGCUGAAAGAAGGGGAUGACGCGAUACAGGGAUUUUGAGUUGUGGCAUGCCACAGUAAGAAAAUAUCUUUGGUAGGAAAAUGGAGAGAGAAAUCAUCGUUUACAAUCUUGAAAAGCUAUUGGAAAGGGGUCAUGAGUGGCCAACAUCAAUGGUUUACUGUGAUUGCUUCUGGCUGGAUUUGCUAGAUAAAUUGGGCAGAUGAUUGCACCAGUACACACGACUAGUAACUUUGGUUUACUCGUCGCCUAAAGUUUUUGUUAUUAAUGGUACUUGAGAACUGAGCUUUAUGUUUUUAUCGUCAUAUGGUGUGAUGUUUUUACAGUAUGCUACAAGGCUAUUCGAUGAUGUCUCUCUUGAAAUGCAUAGUUUUCUCUUCCUCUAUGUCACUGUUUUCAUCUGGUUAUAUAUGAAGUAAUCACAAGGCCUCAUUUUUUUUCU